AUCGCUGCACUGAUAAGUGUACAAAAUGAAGUACUGGAUACCGAUAUCGGGCGGAAGGUUAUUCCAGGUGUGUCCGUUGGCCGUUGAGGUUGGUUUGGAGAAAUUUUUAAGGAAGCAGCAAGGUUUUUUUUGCAAUGGAAAAGGGACCACCGAGCUAUGAACAGGCUCAUGCGCCAGCUCCCGCGGCCUAUCCUCAUCCUGUUCAGCAAGCUCCGACUAGUUUUCAAAACCAAACUACCGUGAUCGUUACGAGCGCCCAGGUCGGUCCAGAUCCAACGACCCUGAUGUGCCCGUCGUGUCGAGCCACCAUCGUGACCAGGUUGGAGUACGAAACAACCACCCGGACCCACGUUUGCGCAGCGAUUCUGUGUCUGUUUAUCUGCUGGCCCUGCGUCUGCAUACCGUACUGUUCGACGUCGUGCCGAGACGCGAACCACUACUGCCCCAACUGUGGCUCCUACAUCGGAACAUAUCGCAAGUAGACACAGCUCUCGAAAGCUCGUUCUACCACAGUUGAGCUACGCGCGAAUGCUUUCAUCGACCCAAGUUCCAGCGUAGCAAACAGUAACGUAGAUGUUGUCCGUAGGCGUAACGCCUCAGCUGUUCGUAACCGUAACGUGUCUGCAGUGUAGUGGAUUAGAUCAUAACCUCAAUUUUGUACUGUACACAUGUGUGCAGCAUAGAGUGAGCGGAACGGGGGGGGGGGAACGUUAGUGGACGGCCAUGAGCAUAAAUUAAAUCGAACUUUCCAGCACGACUUAGGGAUGGCCUCCCCACCUUAAAAAGAAGAGAAAUAACCCACGCACAUGAAGAACAAACAUGGAUUGGGCAACAUUCGACAACGAUUCAAAGUGGCUUAUACUAAGAAAAACACACGAAAAAAAAUGCGUGCGUAGCCCCGGCGGUCCAGCAGAGGAAGGUGAUGAAAAAAGAGAGAAGUUUGUUUGAAAAAUAUAUUUUAUCGAGGUCGAAGCAGUUCAGUGGCUUAGAGACUUAGAGGUUUUUUUUGUGGAAACACCAGAUAGAGUAAACAGACACACACAAAAACGCGAGGAAUAAAGCGAACGUUGCAGCGCGAUAGCAAGGCAAGAGGAGUUUGGAUUUAAGUUAGGUACACACGCGCGCAGAUACGAUGAAAUUGUCUUACUCUUGCUUGUAAAAUAAAUAUGGCUUAAAUUAAUGGAACAAUAUGGCUAUUGCAGCAGCAGAAGCCGCCAGCAGUGUUUAAUGUGGCGGCUUAGAUUUACAUGUUUAAUCGUUUAUAAGAGGUAGUUGAAAUAAAGGUGAAUAAUAAAACAAAUAGA